GUUUGGUUUCGCCUUCCCCUCGAGAACUCACAUCGCCGCUCAGGGUCAUAUCGGGGGAUACACGACCCAUGCCGAGCCUGCAUCAAGAUUUCGAAACACCAUGCUGCAGAUUGGCUGAGUACACCUGCCGAGCGGCGUCCAAUGUCCGACUGACCUGAUUCCUGCUCUAUGCUCUCGUGCUCAACAAGCGCUGAGCGUCUUCAUACUGUACGCGCGCGAGUUGAAAGGAUGCUGGUAAUGCUGGGCAGACUGUGUGCUCCCGUGGAUGCUGUGUCCACAUUCUGUUUCCUCGUCCUUAUCACACCCAAGGGCAGUCCUGUGGGAUGCAUCGUUGACUCAACAUUCACCUUCAGUCUUCCGACCCCUUUACGGACUCGCUGAUAUAUGAAGGAUAUCUCAAAGUCAAUCAUCGCCUUGAACAAUCAUUCUUCAAGAAGACUGUCGAGAUGCGCGCAACUUAUCAUGACCCAACACCUCUCAACCUCACCCCUUCCCUUUCCCAUACCCUUCCUCCCACGCCUCCCACUCGCAUAUAUUCGUCAACUCCUCAAGUAUCCGAAUCGGGACAGGCGAGUAUACCGGCGGAAUAUGAGAGGUGGUUCAAGACGUGGCGGGGACGGACGAUCAAGAAGGUCGUUGGCGGAGGGGGAUGGUGUUGUGAUGAGCUCGAGCUGGAGAGACAAGAGUCAGAGUAUCACGUUUUGCGUAUCGCUCAAGGAUUACCAUUCCCCGCCGCCGUGUUCAAAGCUCUCAAUCUGCCGUCCAGCUAUGGUCAGCCUCGUGUAUUGGAAGUGGGUACCGGAACUGGAAUGCGAGUCACUCCAUGGGCGAUUAACAUGGCCGAUAUGUUUCCUCAUGCGGAAGUCAUUGGACUCGAUACAGCCCCGAUCCAAAGCGACUAUGCUCCCAAGAACUGCGAGUACGUCAUCCCUUCCCCCUUCCCCCUGCCUCCUCUCCCCUUCCCUUCCCUUCCCUUCCCUUCCCUUCCCUUCCCAUCGUUCAGCACACUCACUGACACCCCACCAGCUUCGACAUCACCUCAUCCCCCACCCGCCAUAUUCACCCUCAUCCACCUCCCCUCGCCCGCCUCCCAGCCGGGCCAUCCGUGGUUGAAGACGGUAGGGGAUCUGAAUGUGUUUUAUGGGAUGUUGAGGCCCGGGGGGUGGGUUGGGGUUGGGGAUUGGUUGGGGAGGCCUUUUGUAAGGCGUGAUUCUCCUCCUUUCGAGCCGGCCGGGAUAAGGCGGGGUAACGAUGAAAAGGAGGUGGAGGAAGAGGAAGAGGCAGAGGAAGAGGCAGAGGAAGAGGUGCCGGUGGGCACGCGAGCGUGGUACGACGCGUACGACAAGAGCUUGAGAGUGAUGAUGGGACAUUCCUUCGACAUGGAUCGGCUGGAAGCAAAGCUUUUGAGUACAGAGUAUGUUAGGCGGGAGGUUGUUGUUCCUAUUGGGGCUCAUGGAGGAAAGCAAGGGAGUGUGGGCCGGUUACAUCUCGUCAAUAUGCGUGCUUUUGUAGAGUCGGCGAAAUUUGUGUUGGCGGAGUAUGGGAGGUAUAGUGAUGCCGAAAUCGAGGUUUUGAGUGAUGCGUAUCUGAGGGAUAUGGAGGUGAACAGGAUGUUUAUGCGGUAUAGGAGUUUGUGGAUUAUGAAGCGGUCUUUUCAGUGAUGCAUAUUGUCUUACGUUGCUAGCGCACGUAUACGCUG